GUUUGGUCCUAACAAGCUUCAUGGUCGGUCAUGGAACUGCUGCAGUUCACAUGUCUGCUUUUACUUAUCAGCUUGAAAUGUUUGCCAGGUUUUGGCCAGCAGUGUGGGGGUAACCAGUGGCAGUGUGAUGAUGGAGCUUGUCUGCCACUUUCCUGGCACUGCGAUGGAAAUGGAGACUGUAUGGACGGCUCUGAUGAAAUGGCCUGCCCCUGUCCUAGGGGCCAGGUUGCCUGCAUGGCCGGGGCUCCUGGUUGUGUAAGUACCUCUGCAGUAUGUGAUGGGCUGCGCCAGUGUUCUGAUGGGUCUGAUGAGUUUAACUGCCCAGAGAACCAGGGCUGUCUGCAGGGGGACUGGAGGUGUAGGAAUAAGAUCUGCAUCCCCAAGGACCUAUACUGUAACGGUGCUAACGACUGUGUGGACAACUCUGAUGAGGCCUGUGGCCGGUGUGGUCCAAUGGCUGUGCGUUGUCCUGGAGGGGUGUGUCUGACUGAAGAUGAGAGAUGUGAUGGAAAAUUGCAGUGCUCUGAUGGCAGUGAUGAACCCUCUACCUGUGGGAGGACCUGUUCAGAAGAGAACGGUGGCUGCAGUCACUCCUGUGUGGAUAAGCCCUGGGGAGCCCUCUGCUCCUGUCCUAAAGGCCAUAGGCUAUCUGCUCACGGAGCCUCCUGUCUGGAUGUGGAUGAAUGCGCUCUGCCUUACGGUCCAUGCAUGCACUUCUGUGUCAACACACCCGGGUCCUUCUACUGCCACUGCCGAGAUGGCUUCCAGCUUAAAGGAACCACCUACUGUUAUGCUAAAGGAAAUUAUACAAAGUUUCUGACUGCAACGAAGGGAACUAUCGGAUUCCUGAAUCUGGAGACUCUGAGAUUCGAGUCCCUUCAGAGUAUUGGCUAUGAUCCUCUGGCCUUGGCCUUUGACCUCUCCAGGAGCUCAUUCUACUGGGCUGAUGACCAGGGGAACAUCUACAAGGCUAAGGAGCAGCAGCGCAGGAUCCUUUAUCAUGGACAAUAUGGGGUUAGAAGUCUAGUCUGUGAUUGGCUGACAGGCCAGCUGUACUGGACCAACCAGAAGACCCGGUCUAUUCAUGUUGGGGCAGCUGAUGGGAGUGGAUUUGCAACGGUCUUGGCCAAGAACAUAGACCCGUUGGAGCUGGUCCUUCUUCCCAUUGAAAGCUUGUUGUUUUGGAUCAACAAAGGUCCAGGUGAUAAAAUUACUCUGGAGAGAUCUGGGAUGGAUGGGUUAAAGCAGGAAUCUCUGGUGGUCCUCACUGCACAAGCUCCACAGAGUCUGACCCUGGACGUUACAGCUCGGAGGCUGUACUGGAUGAGUGAUUUUAAAAAGUCCAUAGAGACUGUGCGAGUGGAUGGGAGUGGUCGCUACAGCUUUCUGGAGUUCUUUAAGAGGAGACCAGCUCAGAGCCUGGCGGUGUUUGACAGGUGGUUCUACUGGACAGAUCAGAAGGGUCUGUGGCGCUCCCCUCAGGACCAACCUAAUCAGAAGACCUUUAUUCAGAGGACAACACUCCCUGUCCUAGAGGCAUACCAUGAACAACAGCAGCCAAAAGCUCCAUCAGCCUGUGUAAAGUCUGGCUGCCAGCUCUGCAUGCUGACUCUGGACCUGCCUGCUGGGUUCACCUGUACCUGUCCUGAUGACAAACUGCUCAUGGCAGAUGGCUCAUGUGAAUAUCCCAAGUUUGCUUAUGCAACAUCCACAACACUGAACCUGUUUGAGUUGAAGGGGAAUGAGCUGAUCAAGACAAAACUGCUUACUACAGAUGAUGUCAUGGAGUCUUUUGACAUCGACUGGAGGGGGGACUGGGUCUACUGGGCGAACAGCACUGGUCAUGUAAUGCGCUGGAACCUCAAUACCGGCCAAACAGAGACUGUCCCUACGCUGAGACCAGCCUGCGUGGUGGCAGUAGACCAGAAGAUGAGAAAUCUGUACUGGCUGUCAUGUGAUGAAGUCUAUGUUGGCGUCACUAACAUGGAUCAGGGUUACCCACGGAGACUGUACCAGUCAGGCAGUGAGGUAAGAGAUGUUUAUCUGGACUGGCAGCGGGGGAGGCUGUACUUGCUGGAGGCUGGCUGGAUCCUAUCCAUGAGACUGCCAGGAGGAAACCCUAGGAAAGUCCUGAGAGUGGAGGGACACAUCGCUGGGCGCAUUGUUUUGGACCUACAAUCUAACACACUGCUCUGGAACACAGAGGGGGACGAUCUGAAGAUCAUGAGUCUGUUGAAGUCCCAGACUCACCUGGCAGGCAGAGAGUGGAAUGUCCCUGGUUCCAUCAUGGCCGCUCACUCUCCGCUCCUGGUGUCGCUGUUUAAUGAUGUCAUCACUGUGUGGGACCGGCGGGACAGGAUGCGUGUCCACGAUGUCCCUGUCGGACCAGGCGUUGUCAGGGUGAUCGUGGCUCUGGAUGUAAAGGACGUGCCUCCUGCUCAGCCAAUCUGUACCAGUCCAUCAGUGAUGUGUCGGGGCUCAACUUUGUGCAUCUCCCAAACUCAGCUGUGUGACACAUUGAGAGACUGCCCUGAUGGUUUUGAUGAGGAGUCCUGCAUUACUAAAUGUCCAAACCGAGGUGAGUUCUGGUGUAAGGACAGGAGGAAAUGUAUUGAGAGGAGUCUGGUUUGUGAUGGACGCGCUCAUUGCCAUGAUGGCUCAGAUGAGAUUGGCUGUCCAACGAUAGCUGCUCCAACAUCCCAAACUGCACCCCUGAAGUGCCGUAUGGGUUCUAGACUGUGCAAGGAUGGGAGAGAGUGUGUCCUGCAUAGCCAUGUUUGUGAUGGAGAGGUGGACUGUAAGGAUGGAUCAGAUGAACAGGACUGUGAGCUCCUCUGCAAAGCAGGUCAGUUCCAGUGUGCUCAUGGCAAGAAGUGUAUCGACCAGCAGCAGGUGUGUGAUGGGAAGGCACAGUGCCAGGACCGUUCUGAUGAAAUGGACUGCUUCAAGCCCACCAAGAGCUGCAGGCAUCGCUGUGACAAUGGCCACUGUAUCCCAGAAACCUUCCUCUGUGAUGGAGAGAGAGACUGUUCGGACGGCUCUGAUGAGGAAGGCUGUGAUUCUAACAAGGCCAUUCCUCCUAUCCUGCCAACAACUCUGGCUCAGACCUGUACUAGUCCAUCAGUGAUGU